GUUCUCCACCGUAGAGAAUCACUGAGCAUGGACUGCCUUUCCCCUCUAUAUAAGCAGUUCCCCUUCUCCCACUUCUUUUGCAAUAAUCACUCACUACUCACUAGCAGAGUUUAAUUAAUUAAAUUCCCUUUCUGCUGAGAGAGAGAGAGAGAGAGAGAGAGAGAGAGAGAGAUGGAUAUGGGUUUGGCGUUUGUGAUGAAGCUCUUGUUCAUUCUGCCAAGCAUGGUGCUUGCGACUAUGUUUUUUAUAUCACAAGCGGCAAAAAGAAGGACAAAGCUUCCUCCGGGUUCACUGGGGUGGCCACUCUUGGGAGAGACUCUCAAAUUGUUCACUCAAAACCCAAACCUCUUCCUUUCGACUAGGCAGCAAAGGUACGGGGACAUAUUCAAGACGCACAUACUGGGUUGUCCGUGCGUGGUGUUGGCGAGCCCGGAGGCGGCCCGGUUCGUGCUGGUGACGGAGGCCGGCCUGUUCAAACCCACAUACCCACGGUGCAAGGAGCAGCUGAUCGGUCCGUGGGCCGUCUUCUACCACCAGGGCGGUUACCAUGCCCGGAUGAGGAAGCUGGUUCAAGCCGCCGUCUCCCUCGAUAUUAUCCGAACCAUGGUCCCUCAAAUCCAAGCCUUAGCUGUCUCCGCCUUGGACUCCCUGUGCGGCGGCCGCGUCGUCAACUUCUUCUAUGGAAUGAAGAAGUUCACUUUUGACGUUGCGGUUUUGUCCAUCUUCGGCCGCUUGGACGACCGCCACAAGGAUAAGCUGGAGAAGAACUACUACGCCCUGGACAAGGGUUACAAUUCUUUCCCGAUAAACCUACCGGGAACUCCUUACCGCCAGUCAGCUUUGGCAAGGAGAAGAUUGGAAGAGAUCCUGGGAGAGAUACUGGAGGAGAGGAAGGAGAAGAAAUGGAAACAGAAUGUUCUGUUGGAUAACUUAUUGAAGUUCAGAACAGAUAAAGAUGAGGAGGCAGCUGGAGGCUUCACGGACGAUCAGAUAGUUGACAACAUCAUUGGCGUAUUGUUUGCAGCUCAGGACACCACCGCCAGUGUUUUGACUUGGAUGCUCAAAUACAUCCAGGACGAUCCUAAACUCCUAGCUGAUAUUAAGGGCGAACAGAUGGCAAUAUAUGAAGAAAAUGAUAAAGGAAAGCAACCACUGGGGUGGGCUCAGACUAGGCGUAUGCCCAUCACCAGUAAGGCUAUAUCAGAGAGCUUAAGGUUGGCUAGCAUAGUAUCUUACACGUAUAGAGAAGCUGUUGAAGAUGUGGAAUACCAGGGAUACUUAAUUCCGAAAGGAUGGAAAGUACUCCCAGCAUUUCGAUGCAUCCAUCAUAACCCAGAUUUCUUUGAUGAUCCACUAAGCUUUAAUCUUUCGAGAUUUGAUAGAGGACUGAAACCCAACACAUUUCUCCCAUUCGGCAACGGAGCUCAUGCAUGUCCAGGAAAUGAACUUGCCAAGAUGGAGAUAUUUGUUCUCAUUUACCAUUUGGUCAACGAAUUCAGAUGGGAAGUGGUGAAGUCCAAGAGAAGUGAUAAGGUUCAGUACAACCCAUUUCCAAUUCCUUGGAAAGGAUUACCAGCUAAGUUUUGGAGAGCUAAAUCCAACAAUCAAGUAGCAGCAAGGAUCGAGCAACCUAAUCAACGGCAUUAAUUAGGACAUUAGCUAUAUCUAGCCAGCUUACACUCUCAUAAACAAGAGAUGGAUCGACCGGCUACAAUACUCUCUUAUCUACUAGUUCUCGAAUGUUUUUGUAUUUCCUAAAUUCGUCCAAGUUUAACUAGAUCAAAGUUGGUAGAUGGAUCCAGGAUAGAUGCAUGCAUGUUUUGCACUAUUUUCUGUAUGUCUAGCAAUUAAUUAAGCAGCCGUUAGGUGUUGUUAUCAUUGACUAGUAUACGAUCAUAAGUGAUUUUGAUAUGUACUAGCUAGCUUGUUAGCUUCAAUAAAUAAUAAUUUAGUUGUACUUUCUUGAUUA